ACAGCAUCCAUCCCUCCGUUCUCCCUGCGCCUGGGCCUACCUCGCCUCGGGCUCCCAGGCCAGCGAUGCGCUCGCGGCCGAUCUAGAUCCGGAUCGAGCUGCGCUCUCCGAGUCCUCGGCGGAGCGGCCCCUCUCGCCGCCCACGGCCCAGGCCAAGGAGACCUGCCGAGCCCCGGCCAUGGAGGCCAUUUGGCUGUACCAGUUCCGGCUCAUUGUCAUCGGGGAUUCCACGGUGGGCAAGUCCUGUCUGAUCCGCCGCUUCACCGAGGGCCGCUUUGCCCAGGUUUCGGACCCCACCGUCGGGGUGGAUUUUUUCUCCCGUCUGGUGGAGAUCGAGCCAGGAAAACGCAUCAAGCUCCAGAUCUGGGAUACCGCGGGUCAAGAGAGGUUCAGAUCCAUCACUCGCGCCUACUACAGGAACUCAGUAGGUGGUCUUCUCUUAUUUGACAUUACCAACCGCAGGUCCUUCCAGAAUGUCCAUGAAUGGUUAGAAGAGACCAAAGUACACGUUCAGCCCUACCAAAUUGUAUUUGUUCUGGUGGGUCACAAGUGUGACUUGGAUACACAGAGGCAAGUGACUCGCCACGAGGCAGAGAAACUGGCUGCUGCGUACGGCAUGAAGUACAUUGAAACGUCAGCCCGAGAUGCCAUUAAUGUGGAGAAAGCCUUCACAGACCUGACGAGAGACAUAUAUGAGCUGGUUAAAAGGGGGGAUAUUACAAUCCAGGAGGGCUGGGAAGGGGUGAAGAGUGGAUUUGUACCAAACGUGGUUCACUCUUCAGAAGAGGUUGUCAAAUCAGAAAGGAGAUGUUUGUGCUAGUCAGCCCUUUUAUUUCCAAAACAUGCUCUCCCACCUGAACUUAAAAGUGAUCAAAAUGAAUAGAAUCUUUGUGUGAUUGAAGAGAACUCAACCUCCAUUUUGAAUACUAAGUGAGCCUCCUUCCAAAGGGGGACUCUGACAGGCCAUGGGCGGGCAGAUGGGGGAGCCUGGGUGCUGUGACUGAGGGACUAAAUUAUUGACAUGGGCCAGGCACUGUUUUCCUGCGGGGCAGUGGCUGCUCUGUGUGCCCUUUGUGGACCACAUGUCAAGGGGCUGAGAUUUGGGGAGUUAGGCCCCAGAAAAAUAUACCCACAGACAGGACAACUAUUUCUUGGUAUUUCAGCUCAGUCAUAGGUCACAAACAAAAAGAAAUAUGUAAAGGGGAAAAAAGUAUCACAUUGGCAACAAUUAGCAAAAGCAGAAAAGACUAUGAGAUCAACUUAGUGAGAAUAUCCUACACCAAAUCUGUGUGCUGGGUUUGAUUAAUAGGUACCAAUUAGCUUAUAAACAGCUCAUCUGUAAAAUGAGGGGUGUGGACCAACUAUUUACUAAGACCCUUUCAGGGCCUGGUGUUCUACUAAAAAUGGUGUGAAUAUGAAAAGGGAGGCUAUUUACACAGCUGUGUAAAAGAAAUUGUCCCAUGCAAAUAUGGUGUAAGUAGAAGAGAGAAACACUGCAAUCCAAACACCACGCCCUUUCUCCCCUCUGACAAUGCCUGGGGUUUCACCGCAUUGGCGACUGCAAUCUAGAAGUAAGCAACCUGCGGCCUCUUCAGGUACCCGAAGGCAACAAAACAGGGAUUUGCCUCUGGUGGUGAGCAUGAUGCAGUCUAUAUAGAAAUUGAUAUAUAAUAAUGUACACCUGAAAUUACACAAUGUUAUAAGCCAAUAUGACCUCAAUAAAAUAUUUUUUUUAAAGAAAGAGCCUUGAGGCAAACACUUGCUCAUCAAUCCUGUACUGAGUACCUGCUCAACAGGAGGCGCUGUAACCCUUACAAACAUGGUACAGUCACUUGAGUUACUUAUUUGAUCAUUAUAACAGGCCUGUGAGGUUUUCUUCCUCAUUUUACAAAAGAAUAAACUAAGAGCCAGGAGACUCACUUGGCCAAGGUGAAGGUCUCCUGACUCCUAGUUCUUGUUUCACUGCAUCAUCCUGCUGUCAGAUGAAUGAACUGUUAUUAAUUUGUUUACUUUGGAAGAGAUAUAACUGUAAAUAAAUGUUCUCUCCAUGUUAGGAUAUGUUUCCUUAUUGAUUACAACUCAGAUAUAAUCCUGAGGGAACCUGGGGAUGAAUCAUAGGUAAAGCCCUUUCAGGUAUUAUUGACAAGAGGACUUUAAACAAGUGAAUAAUUGCACAACUGAGAAUACAUUAGAACUGUGUGGGCUAUAAGUGUUCUUAUCACUGAAACAUAGUGGACAUAUUAUUGAAAGGAACCAAAUGCAGCUGGGGAGUGGGGUGGGGGAAAAAGACUCACCUUACAAUGACCUUGGCCACCUGUUUGCCAUAUACCUACACUGGGUUCCUGUCUACCCUCGAGAGUCAGCUCUUAAUUCUCAGGUGAACAGACAGCUAACUGAGUCAUAAAAUUGGAGUCGUUGGCUUGAGGUUCCAUUAUCUUCUUGAAGAGAGGUGAUCCUUUAAAUUUUUUUUUGGAUUAUAGCCAGUUCAGCUAGGCAAAAGCCAUACUUUUCACAGUAAGAAAACAAUUCUGAUUAGAGUCAGGUUUCUCAUAUCCAUUGUAAUAGGAAUGCCUGAGAAUGGUAAAUUGCUUUGAGGACUUCAGUAUGAAUGUGACUGAAUUUGAAAGUUUGGGAAUUUACUUCAGCCAGAAUAAAGAAGCCAAAUGAUGAAAAUUUUGGGAACAAACCACCUUGGUCCAAUCUGCAGCAUCAACUACAAGCAAACCAAUCAUCAUCUCUACAUUCGUUUAACAUGACCUGGCUAGGGUGGAGUCAUUAAGUUGCCAGCUUUGUGGUUGUAGAAGGCAAAUAAAAGAUGAUAAAUUGGGUUAACACAAAGCAAGUUAUCCAGUGGAUAAACAAGAGUUGACUGGAUUCUGUCAGUUCAAAAAACAGGAUAGAAACAAAACUUCUCUAUGGUUUUCUUGACUAAAAUACAUUAUUUGUAUACUUUUCCCACUCCUUCCAUUUGUUUAGGCAGGUUUAAAAAUACUCAGCAUAGAUCCAGCAGAGGUGACUGGGUUUAAAUUGCUUAAACAAAUUCUAGAAACUUUAAAAGUCAUUUUAGUAGACUUCAGUGCUGUUGUCCCUGCACUAAGUGGGUUUUAGAAAAUAAGUGUGAAAAAAUCAGGUGUUUGUUAAUACAAUACUAAGGAUAAAGCUUUAGAAGCUAUUUUACUACAUAGGUAAAGAAAAGAUAAACUAACUUGUAACGAAGACCACAACUGCAUGUUGGAUUAGAUUGUCUCAUAUUCCAGAAUAAAAUGUACUGUAUACUUUUCCUCACUUUGUUGUGCACUGUAAUGAAAUGUGAAACAAUGUUUUCUUUAGCUGUAUGUGAAUGAAAAUAUGCUUGUACUUUAGUAAAAUGGUUGAUUAUGUGACUGUGA